CCAAAAUAAUACGGAUUUAGUUCAAGUUUAAAAAAAUAUAUUUACAAUUUUAAAUGAGUUAAACUUUUGUAUAAAUUGAAAACAUCUAAAUUAAUGAAUACAAAAUAAUAAGUAAUAAGGGAUCUUAGAAGCGUCAAGUUCUAUAAAAUACUUGUGGAAUUUCUGUUAAACAUUAUACCGGACUAAUUAAAAUAAUGUAAAUUGUAACAAUUACUAUUCAUAUUAAUCCACUACCAAUAUUCCGCCAAUAAAAACAACGUAGUCUUUAGAGAAUAAUUAUUAUUCUUGUAAGAAAAAUUGUGCCAUAACUUUACUGUACUAAUUUUCAAAUAAACCAACAGACGAGCAGACUCAGCAGACCACAAGAACAGACUACUCAUAAAUCAUAUGUUUUUUCAACAGCUGAUAAACCCACGGGACGGGAUACAGAAAUUGAAUAAGGUCAACACUGAACACCGAUUCUGAUAGUGUUUACACGGUUUCUUCUUGUGAAAGAACUCAUUAUUAUAAUGUAACAAAGGAUUAUGGAAAGAUCUUAAGAACUGAUGUUCUACAAAACGCAUUCAAAAUGUUUUACUCAAAAAUCAUUCAAUUCGUUAGAGGACCAGCCACCAAUGCGCCAGUCUUAUUCCUCAGAAGAAAUAAUUGCAGCUACUCUUCAAAGAUAGUUUCAUCUAGAGCGUUGAGGUCGGGAGACAUUUCUUCUCAGCUGCCACUCUUCUUAUCCGGGACUUCUCAACUUGAUUUGAAUGUUCCAUUCAAACUUCAACAACCAAAACUGCAAAUCCUCGAUCGACCAAAUGACUUGUUAAGUACGAUAAUUGAAGCUCCAAAAAUUUCAACGCUCAUACCUUAUGAGGACAUUGCACCUGAUAAGGAAAUCUCAGAACCAGAACCGAAGCAGAAAAUAGAAAAGCACGCUGUCCGAAUGUUAAUCAUCCGCAAAAGGAAGAUGAGAGUUCACAAAAGAAAGAAGUGGAGGAAAAAAUUCAAGGAGCAGAUAGCUAAAAUGGAGAUCAGGCGCAAAAUUAAAAAAGAGAAAGAAUUUCAGGCUGAGCUGAUGGGAAAAGUGAAAGAAGCUGAAAAGUUCGAUGCUCUCGUUUAUGUGAAAGAGAAAUUGGCAAAAGCCAACAAAGAGAUAAUUCCCUAUCGAUGGAAAGGUAAGAAACUUCCCGAAUUUGUGAUAAGGCAUGAAAUGGCAUUUGCCAAGAAGAGAUAUGAUAAUAGACUGGCUUCAAUAGAAAGAAGGAAAAACAUGAAUACAAAAGCAGCCGAUUACAAGUAGCAAUGUAAUACAAUGUCAUAUCUGUAGGCUUUUCAAAUAAAUGGUUCAGUUGUAUAUUAAAAGAACAUUACAUUUUUAUUUGCCUUACUUCAAACAUUAAGUUCAACUCUACAAAAUGGAAUGAGAAAAACUAAAACUCUGUGAAUCUAAUGGAUUCUAAUGAUAAUUUCCACAGCUAAAACUACAAUAGUUUCUAGAAAAAUCUUUUCACAUUAGCCUAGUUUACAUAACAAAUAUCACUAGCCUUAAAGUUUUACAAAAGUUCACUUCAAAAACAACAUUGUAAGGCAUUACAAUGAAUUUUUAGUCCUAGUAUUGAAAAGUAUUCAAGUGUUACAUGAAAAAGAGUCAUAUAAAAUAAUACUUAUAUCCUCUGUAAAUUACGUUCCGAAAGUAUGUUAAUAUGCUAUACUUAAAACUAGUUGGGAAUUUUCAUUCACACUACACUUGUCAGUCUUUAGAAAUUGGUUCAAGCAUGCUUUAAAAUCUACGUUUCAAUCUAGCACAAAUUAUCACAAUAAACAAUGUUCUCAAUA